UGGUGGUAUUUUUAUCUACAUAGCGUGUACUGAACCGAAGACAUGAACGAAACAUCCGUAGAACGUGCACGUUCUACGCGUAAUGGACCCUGCUGAGAAAGAGUUAAUUAAAACAAUUCUGAUCAUGAAACGAAAAGUUGCCAAAGAGUUGCCGAGCGACUUGUGGAAAUCCCUACUCCAGAUUAUUGAUGAACUUUAGACGUCGUAAAUGCUAUCCUUUCCCCAGCUGUAAGUUAAUAGCUCAGCUGGAUUAGUUUCCUUUCCCGGCUUCAGUUGCGUAACGUUAUAUCAGGGCGGCCCCGGUUCAAAAUUUUCUAAGGCCCCCUAGUAUAAGAGCCAAAGGUACGAGUCGAGCGCCGUAUAAGCGCGAGCUUCUAGGGAUCCAGGGCAUGCUCAUGCGGAAAAUUUUUGAAUCUAGACUCUCUGAAAUGCGAUUUCUGUUGGGGAGAGAUUUUACAGAAUUCUGGUGCUCUGGUCAAUGUUUUUGCUCUGUCGCCUAAGCCUGGCUGCCUCAAUUGGGCACAUUGUGGGGUUGGGUAUUACAAAAAUUUCUGAAAUUUAGUGUUAGUAUAGCUUUUGUGCCCUAGUAGUUUUCAUUCAUUUUUGUCUUUUUAAAGCCUAUAGAUUUUUAGGGAGAGUAAGAACAUUUCAAAGCGAUACCAGUACUUGUUUGGGAGAUAUUAACUUUUUUAAUUCAGCACGGCACUCACCGCCCAUCAUCAUAUGUUUCAAGCAUAUGAACCAGAAGAAACAAAUGAAACAAAUGAAACAAAUGAAAUAAAUGAAACAAAUGGAACAAAUGGAACAAGUGAAACAAACGAAACAAACGAAACUAACGAAACUAAUGAAACAAAUGAAACAAGCGAAACAAACGAAACAAAACAAAACAAACGAAACAAACGAAACAAAUGAAAUCAAUGAAACAAAUGGAACAAAUAGAACAAAUGAAAGAAACGAUACAAACGAAACAAACGAAACUAACGAAACUAACGAAACUAAUGAAACAAAUGAAACAAAUGAAACAAAUAAAACAAAUGAAACAAAUGAAACAAAUGAAACAAAUGAAAAAAAUGAAACAAAUGAAACAAAUGAAACAAAUGAAACAAAUGAAACAAAUGAAGCAAAUGAAGCAAAUGAAAUAAAUGAAACAAAUGAAACAAAUAGAACAAAUAGAACAAAUAGAACAAAUAGAACAAAUGAAACAAACGAAACUAACGAAACUAACGAAACUAACGAAACAAAUGAAACAAAUGAAACAAAUGAAACAAAUGAAACAAAUGAAACAAAUGAAACAAAUGAAACAAACGAAACAAACGAAACAAACGAAACAAACGAAACAAAUGAAACAAAUGAACAAAUGAAACAAAUGAAACAAAUGAAACAAACGAAACAAACGAAACAAAUGAAACAAACGAAACAAAUGAAACAAAUGAAACAAAUGAAACAAAUGAAACAAAUGAAACAAAUGAAACAAAUGAAACAAAUGAAACAAACAAAACUAAUGAAACAAAUGAAACGAAUGAAACAAAUGAAACAAACGAAACAAACGAAACAAAUGAAACAAAUGAAACAAAUGAAACAAAUGUAACAAAUGAAACAAAUGAAACAAAUGAAACAAACGAAACAAACAAAACAAACGAAACAAACGAAACACACGAAACAAACGAAACAAACGAAACAAACGAAACAAAUGAAACAAACGAAACAAACGAAACAAAUCAAGAAUUGGAAGCAAAUUACUAUUUACUGAGUAUAAAAGGCAGUUGCCAAACUUCACUUUUAAAUAAUAUUUUAACGAUCGAUCAGAUGAAGUACCGUCAUCAAAUAUUCACCAGGUUUUUCGUCUCCGAAGCGUCGGAAGAGCAUUUUCCAUAUUUUCUGAUAGGAACUUUUAUCAAAAUUGUUAAGUUCUUGCAUUUAAUUAAACAUUCAAAAUUCUGUAAGUAA